GUUUUUAAUACUUUCAAUCGACUUUUCUGGGUUAAUAUUUUCUAAUUCUUAAUCAAGAAGUGACAAGAUUUCCCCAGGCCAUGCCUCAUGGUGUAGCAGACAAGCAGUAUGAACAGUAUCUUAGUCUUCUGUCUCAAAGAAAUAGGUUUCUGCGAAAGCUGAAAGAAAAGCCUGCAGAUCAAAAAGCUCUUGAGAGACGAGAGCAGGGCUUCACUCUUUAUAUGAAUGGUGCUAACAACAACUCUGCAAAACCCACUAACUCUGUGAAAACACCAAGAAGGAGGGAGGAGCUGCCACAAUCCAACCAAUCUGUGGAAAGACAAGCCAAUAAAUCUAGGAAAGGCUGGACUCACGAAUCUAUUGACAUAGCAACUGAGACAGGACGGAGUAUUCAUAUCAGAGCCGAUGAGCUGAGUUCAUACGUAGCAGAUGAGGAUAAGGAUGAUGAUGUAGAAAUUGAGGAACGAGCUGAGAAGGAUUAUUUGUCUGGUGCUUUAGUCGACUCAGAUUCAGAAAUAGAGGAGGAGGACGAGGAGUUCAAUUUAACAUUCACAAUGUCCGAUCUUAAGAAAGUAAGAGAAUCGUUGGAAAGAUCAACAGACAAAGACAUCUCUGAAAAUGAGUAUAGCUCAGAGGAUCUUGCGUCUGAGGACAGCGAGAUUGAAGAGGAACUGAAUGUGUCCGAUCAGAGCUUUGAGAGUGAGGAGGAGGAGGAAGUUCCGGUCUCCGAACCAAGGGUCAAAUCUACAGACAUAUUUGUGCUAGAGUUCAACAAGCCCCGCAAAACAGUGUGCGCUAGUCCCAUAGUGAGAGGGAACAGGAAUACUGUGGUCCCUAAAACAGCUCCCUCUGGGACAGUCUCUGUUCCUAGAAUCAAUCACGGAAGUGGUCUUAUCAGAGAUCUUUCUGAAACUCAACAGGAUAAUGUAAUGAUAAACCAGUGUGUGAAGGACGCUAUAGCCCGAGAGAACCGAUCGCACAGUGUUGGUAGUAUGCGACACAGCCCCCUGCACAGCCAACCUCCCACAACUUGUAUUAACAAUUUGAAUGUUGGUAUGUCUCAUGGUGCAGCAGAGAAGAGGAAGCGAAAAGAACCUGCAAACGAAUCCCUCACGAAUGAGACACUGAACAUCGUCACAAAUAAAGUAAAGGAGAUGAGUGCGAGAGAACAGAGAAGGUUGCUAAGAGUUCUAGAAAGACUCGACACUGCCACCCCCAUAAUGCAGAAGAUAGGAACCCUGCAGACUUCAACCAGUUCGGAGGGGUCCACUAAUCAAUUAACGGAUACGACAGUUUCACUGAAAAGGCAUGAUGUCAGUGCUUCAGUGUUAGGUACCAGGGUAGAACUGAGAAUAGUGAGUAACUGGGGCCACGCAAGAAAAGUGGGUCUCACUCAAGUUACUUUCUUUGGGCCUCAAAAAGAAGUUGUAACUCCCUUUUCUGUUAAAUCAGCAGUCUGUACAGGAGCAGUGGAUCAGGCGUACGGGCGGAAUAUAGAGUGCCUGCUGGACGGACAGUCCCGUACAACUAAAGAGGAGCACAUGUGGUCCUGUCCUUAUCAUUCCGGACAGAAACUGGUCCUUGUGUUCACACUUCCCUCUGAUAUGCCGCUAACAUCGUGUCAUGUGUGGAACUAUAACAAACAGAUAUCAGAACUAAACGUUGGAGUUAAAGAUGCGGAGUUGUAUGUUGCUAAGCAACGUGUCUGGUCUGGUGAAAUCGCGAAAGGGUGUGGGAAUCAGGUGUUCGAAUACGCUACUGUCAUCAAACUUACUGAAGAAGAUGAAGAGGAAUUAAUUUCUAAAUCGUACGAUCAAGUAGAGAAGUGUGUGUUAGAAAAAGGAGCUAACAAGAAAGUGAAUGAAGCUAGGAGUGAGUCAGUGGAGAUGAAACUGUGUGACAAACAUGUCAACUUGGAUGAACUAAUAGUCGUUGGUCGGAGUUCCAAUAGAAAAGACAUGAACGUGAUCUUAAACGGGGCUGUCAAGGAAGCGGAGACUGCGGUGACAGAGUUCUCGUUUGCCGGCCCCCCAGUACGGAGGACCCCAGUGGAGACGAGCAGGUCUCGUUCUUCCACCAGGAACUCAAGCAGGGACGGAAGGAGUGCUGGGGAGAACGGACGAGAGGCUGGAAAUAGGGAGGCAACACCUACUUCUGUCAGCACUAUUGCUUCCUUAGGGAAACCUCAUGAGCCAGCGGAUCCAUCACUGUGGCUCACCAAAGCAGACCGUCCUAAAUCCCGGGGUGCCUGGCUGGACGAGAACAAGAGAACAGGAUCGGGCAGGCCCUCUAGUAAACAAGAGAGGUGUGAACCUUAUCCUGCAUCUAGAGGCAACUCCCCUGCUGUUACUAUAACUGCAGCUGUACCGGCUGACGAGGGCCCUGUCGUGUCUCGUUCCCUCCAGAGAAACCAAACCCAACUACAGCAAACUCUCCUACGAUCUCUAACUUUCGUGGAUAUGAAAGGGAGCGCCUUGGAACAGUCCCUGAACAUCAUCCACGAGUUCGACAAGUCUAACAUAGGACGGUUGGGUGUUGGUCAGGCAGAUACUCUGGAGGAGUUCAUGGCCCGCUCUCCUUCUCCGCAGAAGGAGAUCUCCAAGACCGCAACUCCGGUUGCUGGAACUGAGCAGUGCGACUUUGUCAUUCCUGAACUUCCUGAAGGAAGUGUAUUGGAGAUAAAGAUACAUACCACUUGGGGGGACAAGCACUACGUGGGGUUAACAGGAAUUGAACUGUUUAGCGACACCGGCUCUCCCGUCACCAUCAAUCAUAUAAAAGCAGACCCCGCGAAUAUAAACAUACUACCGGGCUAUUCAGACGAUCCCAGAAUUGUAGAGAACCUGCUGAACGGUGUGAACAGGACACGGGACGACUUUAACAUGUGGCUGGCACCAUUCGAGGCGGGCAAGGAGCAUUCCAUCACCGUCACCUUCAAGAGUAGCACCAGACUAGCACUGUUCCGACUCUGGAACUACAAUAAAUCUAGGAUCCACUCCUACCGAGGAGUACGAGACAUCACGGUAACACUAGACAAAGUCACCGUCUUCCAAGGUGAAGUAGCAAGAGCAUGUGGGGGCCUAGCUGGGGGUACCGAGGCGUACGGCGACACUAUACUGUUUACUGAAAACGAGGAUGUACUGGAUAUGGUGGCCGGGUUCGACCAGACUUACCAGGGUGACAUGGAGUUUGACAGCGAGGAAGAGUGGGAGGAAGCUUCCCAACACCCGCCUGCCUCGCCCACGUGCGAACAGGACUCCGGUGAACAGAACGCUAGACCCUUCACCACCGCUCGUGUGACGUCACGUGAGGCAUCACGCAACACUUUGGGAUCACGUGAUUACGAGCUGGGCACUCAGACUGAGGAGCAGGAGUAUUUGGAGGCGGCCAGGGAUGAGAUGAUGGAGUGUAUCUCCGACUCACCGCUACCUCGCGGCCAGGUUUUGAAAUUAAAUUUGAUGGAUACGUGUGGUGAUCCGGACUACAUUGGGUUGACUGGUAUAGAACUGUUUGGAGCUGACGGGAACCUGGUUCAACUGACUGAGGAUUCAGUUACCGGACCGAGUCUGAACGAUCUGGAGCACUGUAGUGGAGAUUACAGAACCCCAGAUAAGCUGAUGACAGGAUGCAACAUAACAACAGACGAUAUCCAGAUGUGGCUGGCUCCCUUUACUUCUGGAGAAAGUCACGUGCUCACUGUUACCUUACCUCAGUCUACUGAAAUAACUGCGAUCAAGAUUUACAACUACAACAAGACAUCAGAAGAUACAUACCGCGGAGUAAAGACUCUUAAGAUGACACUAGACGAUAAGCCGCUGUGUGGGGGGCAAACUGUCCAUUUAAGACGAGCACCCGGCACUACUCACUAUGACUUCGGACAGAUAAUAGAUCUUUCUGAAAAACCAGAGUGGAACGAGCUUGACACGAUAGUACACCUCUCCAAAGGAGACCCCAUCAACAUCCGGAAACUGAUCCCAGACUACGAGAUAUCCCUACUUCCGGCCGGUUUUGUUUACCAGAUUUACAUCUACAGCUCGUUUGGUGAUCCUUAUUAUGUGGGGCUCAAUGGAAUCGAGCUCUUUGAUGAAGAAGGAGAGGAGAUAGAACUGGCAACAGGCCAAGUGUCCGCAGUGCCAGACUCAGUUAACGUCCUCUACCAGGACCAGCAGAUUAUGAAGGGUGGUGACGUCAGAACUCCAGACAAGCUUAUCAAUCACGUGAUAAAUGAUGACUCUGCUCGAAACAGCUGGCUCGCUCCAAUUCUCCCUAAUACCGGAAACAGAGUAUACAUAGUGUUCGAUUACCCAGUGACUGUGGCCAUGAUAAAACUCUACAACUAUUCCAAAGCCCCCGCCAGAGGAGUCAAAGAAUUUGGGGUUUUAGUAGACGACCUGGUGGUGUACCACGGUUUACUGUCCCCUCACAACGGUAGUCACGAACCAGAGAUAGUACUGUUUAGUGACAGAAUAGCACCUAACUCCAACUCUCUUCUUACCAAAUCCUGCGGAGUAGAGCAGCAAGUAGAACUGACGAACAAUAAAACAACAAUGGGAAAUGACAGGAACACUCCUUCAGUUUACGACUCCAAUAUCAGACCUUUCACUAGCCUUGUCAACCACUGAGACUCUGGUUUAAGACUGUUUACUAGCCUUGUCAACCACUGAGACUCUGGUUUAAGACUGUUUACAAGCCUUGUGGAGCAGUGAGACUCUGGUAAUUAACUAGUCUCUAAUGUAGUCGACCACAGAGACAGAAGUAUCUCAGAAUUGAUGGAACUUGCGCAGUGGAGGAGCAUGGGUUGAACUAAAAUGGGAAAGUAGAAAAUAAAGAUUGGAAGAUGCGACGACAGCUGGUUCUGCAAAGUAUUUACAGUGAUUUGGACUCAGAAUUAUUGUUCUUUAAAUUUACUGUAUUACUAUUAUUUGAUCUUUUCAUGAGUUUGAGAACUUACAAACAGUUUUUUUGGGUUGGAAUAAAAUAUAAAUCAUAUUAUAUUAACAGUUUCAGUGACACUAACUAAGAAACGAGAUUCUUCAAUUUUGUUGCUGUUAGAUAUCAGAUCUUUGUUGUAAUUAUAGCUAUUUCUCAAUUUAUGUGGGCUAUAGUUUCAUAGUCCUUCCUCA